CGCACGCGUGCGGUCGGGGGAGGGACGCUGGGACAGCUGCUCCUGCACACGGCUCGCGGUCUCAGCGCCGCGGAGAUGCCCGGCCAGGGUCCGGGGUCCGACUGGACGGAGCGUAGCUCUUCUGCAGAGCCGCCCGCAGUGGCCGGGACCGAGGGUGGCGGCGGCGGAUCAGCUGGAUACUCUUGUUACCAGAAUUCCAAAGGUUCUGACAGAAUCAAAGAUGGAUACAAAGUGAACUCACACAUAGCUAAGCUGCAAGAGUUAUGGAAAACUCCCCAAAAUCAAACAAUCCACCUCCCUAAAUCAAUGAUGGAUGCGUCCUUUUUCAAGCAUCCAGACCUCACCACAGGCCAGAAGCAUUACCUGUGCAGCAUUGCUAAAAUCUAUAAUGCAAACUAUCUGAAGAUGUUAAUGAAGAGGCAGUACAUGCACGUACUUCAGCACAGCUUACAAAAGCCAGGUGUCCUCACUCAUCACAGAAGCCGCUUUAGUUCUCGUUACUCACAGAAACAGCAUUACCCUUGCACUACAUGGCGACACCAACUGGAGAGAGAGGACUCGGGGCCUUCUGAUAUCACAGCUGCACCUGCACCUGAAAUGCUCAUACAGCAUUCCCUUUGGCGGCCAGUGAGAAACAAAGAAGGGAUAAAAACUGGAUAUGCAUCUAAAAUAAGAUAUAAGUCACUGAAGAUUUUUAGAAGACCAAGGAAACUGUUCAUGCAAACAGUUUCUUCAGAUGAUUCUGAAUCAUAUAUGAGUGAAGAAAAAAAGGAAGAAGAUUUACUAAAUAAGUUUAUGCAAUCAAUGUCAAUUGAAGAACAGGGAGAACAUCUGAUGUUAACUUGACAGUCUUGUCUCGUGUAUUGAAUUCGUGCCAAAGGUGAGGGUAAGGGGUUGUGAGUUGUGUCCUGUUAUGUUUAGGAUGGUAUUGUUAUUUAUUAAAUCAUUAAGUAAUUUUGGUUUGUUCAGAAACUUAAAACAAUGUAAUUGGUCUGAUGUAGUUCCAUGUACCAAUGAUAGUUAUGUAAGAAAAUUUACAUGUAACAUAUACUUGUACUUCUAACUAGAUACAAUUAAAACUUUUCUUGCAUUCAA